AUGAACGAGAACAAUUCUUCGGCCGUGUCGUGCGUCGAGUGCCAGCGACGCAAGCAGAAGUGUGACCGCAAGUUUCCCUGCAACCACUGCUUGAAGCGAGGCGUGUCUCAUCUCUGCCGCGUUGUCACAAAACAUGCAGCUCCCAAGGCGUCAGAGAACGGAGGUUUGGCUGAUACUCAGUCGGUCUCGACAAAGACCUCGAGGAAGCGGAAGCCUGAAAGUUUCGGCGAAAGGGCCCAGUUCGAUGGGGACGGGGACUCUUAUGACGGGUCAUCGGAUGUCGAUGUGAGCGAUGCGUUAUCUAACCUAGGCUACAUGUACCAUCAUCACCACUUGAGGUUAGACCACCGAGGUAGUGGUCCAAAGGUCGUGGACAAACGCUCCCCACGAUCCUCCGAGGAGCUCAAGACCGCCUUACUCUUGAUGCCAGCAAAGCCGUACACUGACUGCCUCGUCGACAAUUGGUUGAACGGCGCAAACUAUCACUAUUACGUUCUUUAUCCUCCCGAAUUCCGGACUCAGUAUGAUGGCUGGUGGGCUAGCCCAACCGAUAAAGCAACGCCGGAGCUCACCAGCCUCAUUAUGCGUGUAUGCGCUUGCUCCCUCCAAUUUAUCAUGAGUGAGAGCGUCAAGCGGAGGCUCGAGUGGGAACUCAAGGCAGAUGUGGCAACGUUCUCGAACCGAAUGCAUACCGCGGCCGAAAAGCUCAGCGCGACGAUUCCUCCAGGCAAGGGAGGCCUGAUCGACGUGCAGCAGCUCUUGCUCACGGCCUUUUGGUACAAGUCAGGCGAUAGAUGGACAGACGCCUGGCACGCUCUAGGCAGGGCUGUGCGAGAAGCCAAUGAAAUAGGCCUUCACCAAGACUCCGUGUCCGAUGGCAUGUCCGAGUUUGACAGGGAGAUGAGAAGACGCAUGUGGGUGCUUCUAAACGUGUGGGACUUCGCGCUUUCGUCUAUGCUUUGUCGCCCUUUCCUCAUUAGCCACGCCGACUGUACCGCCGUUAUGCCGACUUUGACUCUGGAAAUCAACCCGGAGCGCCCGGAUCAGCCGUCGCCGUUCCGCCACAUAAUCCUCCAUUACCGACUAUCCAGGGACAUUGCAGCGCAGCUCAGGAGCGAUAUCGACAAGGCUCAACGGGCCCAAAGGCUGCGCGACUUAAUCUAUGGCUGGCUCGAGGAGCUUCCGGCCGAAUACGCCUUGAGGGCGCCAGAUACCCGUUGGGACAAGGAGUUUGACUGGGUCGUGUUCCAACGCCGUUUUCUGCAUGUGGUCGGAUACAAGUGGUUGUUCGAUAUUCUGAGGCCUUUCAUCACGCAGAAUUCGGGGAAGCCAAUGACGGAGCUAGAGGCGGCCCUCCAAGCAGCAGGUGUCCAUGCGGCUCUGGACUUGGUGGACACGUCGUGGUUAUUUUUCGAGACGCUCGUCUCGGUUGGCGCCAGGUUCCACUGUUCCGUCUUUUGCGUUUUCGACACAUCGUGCACCAUCUCCUCUGCGGUCAUCCACGACGACGCCCGCAAUCUCCCCCAGCGGGAGACGGUCCUUGAAACCAUCAUAAAGGGCUUGCGAAUGCUCGAGCAGCUACGUCUUGAGUCCAAGACAUCAGCAGGCCUGUACCACAUCCUGAAAAGACUUGUUGCUAAAUUGCCACUGAAUGCGAAGGAGCAAGGUAUCAUAGGUAGAGCGAAACGAGCAAGAGCC